UCCGUUCCCCCUAUUCUCUACUGGCCCACCUUCUUUCUUACACAUGAAGCCCAGACUUCAUCCCUGAUUACUUUAAAUAUUACUUUGAUAAAACUUAAAUCUUCUCUAACCCUCAUACCAACCAACCCUACCUGGAAAAGACCCGACUAUGAAAAACUAUGAAUUUGAUUUCUACUGUGAUUCUACCCAAACAGCUAAAUCUUAAAAAUUGAUCCUGGUUUAUUUCAAAACAAAAGUAUAAACAUUAAUGUGAAGACUCUGUAUAAAUACUUCUGGGAGAAACAGUGAGGCACAUUGUCCAAAUCAAGACCAGGAUCUGCAAGCAUCGGUUUCCACCCUGGAAGCAAGAGUCAAUCAAAAUGAAACUGCUUUUGUGGGCCUGCAUCAUGUGUGCUGCUUUUGCAAGGAGGAGAUGUUUUCCCAUCUUUCGUGAGAAAUUUUUCUCAUCCAGUGAAGAGGAUUAUGACGGCUAUGGUUACCCACUUAAUACACCUCUGAAUAUUCCUUAUGACUCACCGAAUAAUUUUCCAGCUCUCAUGGGUCAUCCCCCAGUGAAGACCACUCCCAGACAUCCUGAGAAUCCUGUCACUGAUGCAAGGAAUCCUCUGUAUCCCUGGAUUCCCGCUUCUCCUGGAGGCUCCUAUAAGUACCAUAUGCCUGGCUUUCCCUUAGCUCCUGAGUUGACUCUUCCUGUUUCUCUUCCUCCUUUUCCUGAGGCUUCUCCUCUGGACUCUCAUUCAAGUAUCCCUACAGCACCUGCAGCCCCACAUAUUGCAGCUGGGCCUGCUUCAAAUGCACCUGCUGCACCAGAGCCUAUUGUACCUGUUGUACCUGCUGCAGCUUCACCUGUUGCAGCUUCUCCUGCUGCGUUGAAGUCUGAGGCAGUCAUACCUUACCCAGCUGAGUUUACUCCAACUGAGCUUGCUGCAGCUGAGCUUGCGGCAGUCCAGCCACCUGCAUACAAAGUUGUUGGAGCCAAACCUGUGGCUGCCGAACCUUUUUUAGCUGAACCUGUCCCAGUCAAACCUUAUCCAGCUGAGCUUGCUGUAGCUGAGCUUGCUGCAGCUGAGUUUGUUGCAGCCAAACCUGCUGCAGCCGAACCUUUCGUAGCUGAACCUGCUGCACCUGAACCUAUUGGACCUAUUGUCCCUGUUGUACCUGCUGCAGCUUCACCUGUUGCAGCUUCUCCUGCUGCGUUGAAGUCUGAGGCAGUCAUACCUUACCCAGCUUACUUUACUCCAACUGAGCUUGCUGCAGCUGAGCUUGCGGCAGUCCAGCCACCUGCAUACAAAGUUGUUGGAGCCAAACCUGUGCGGACCCCUUAUCCCUGUGGCUGCCGAACCUUUUUUAGCUGA